ACAGUCGACUGAGAAGAGCAGACAGUGACCUUGCGUCUCUCGUACACAUUCGACCUUUGAAGACGUCAUCACAGAGUAUAUAUCAUACUCACGCUAGUUAUGACUGAGUUUGUUUGCGUAAUGCACAAUCGGAGUAUCUGUCGCACCUAACCGUACGCAAUGUUGUGAUUAUUUUACGCUGGAACCUCGGUGAUGGGCUUUUUGGUGCAGCGGACCAGCUGUGAG